UGAGGUUGUCUUGUCAAAGUGAGCAAGUGACAGAAGUAGGCUAGUUUGAUUUGUUGCCUUGAAAGAAUUUUUUAUGCAUGCUGUCGAUUACUUACUUUGGCAAUAUUUUAUACAUUAUUAAAAAUUAUAAGUUAUCAGUGUUUGAAUUAGGAUUAGUAAAGUAGGCCUAUGUCUUAACUUAGAAAAAUAAUCACAUUUUCUAGAUCCAGACUAACCUUUGUUGAAUUAAUUGUUUAUUAGAAAACCCACUUAAAGUGAAAGUUCUAAGGUGUCAGGAUACAGUACGAUCCAUAAUGUUUGCUGGUAAAGUGGUAUUGAUAACAGGAGCAAGUUCAGGGAUAGGUGCUGCAACCGCCCUGCAUUUUGCCAAAUCUGGGGCAUUUUUAUCAUUAACUGGUAGGAACCAAGAAAACUUACAAAAAGUAGCAUCAGAAUGUGAGAAAGUGAGUAAAAACAAGCCAUUUAUGAUUAUUGGAGACUUAUCAAAUGAAUCAGAUACAAAAAACAUCCUGGAGUCUACUGUGAAGCACUAUGACAAACUGGAUGUAUUGGUAAACAACGCUGGUGUUUUGGAAUUUGGAUCAAUUGAGAAUACCUCCUUAGAACAAUACGAUAGGGUUUUUAACACAAAUGUUAAAGCCAUUUAUCAUUUGACGAUGUUGGCUGUACCUCAUCUCACAAAGACCAAGGGAACCAUAGUCAAUGUUUCUAGUGUCAAUGGAGUACGAUCCUUUCCAGGCCUGCUCGCUUAUAACAUGUCAAAGUCAGCAGUUGAUCAGUUUACCAAAUGUGUUGCUUUGGAACUAGCCCCCAAACAAGUCCGUGUAAAUAGUGUGAAUCCCGGUGUUAUUAUUACAGAGCUUCAGAAAAGAGGAGGUGUAGAUGAGGAGGCGUACAAGAAAUUCCUUGAAAGAUCUAAAGAAACUCAUGCCUUAGGUCGUCCAGGAAACCCUCAAGAAGUGGCCGAAGCAAUCGCUUUUCUGGCUGGCGAACAGUCGAGCUUUGUAACUGGAGUAAACUUGUGUGUUGAUGGAGGUCGUCAUGCUAUGUGUCCCAGAUAAGCUAUAUAGAUUUACCCUAUACAAAUACCUAAUAAAUGUUUUAUAAUAUGUGUUGUACAAACAGAAAGUUAGGCUAAUUAUAUUUUUGUAAGGUAAAACUUAUUUAAUUUUAUAUGGAACUUGUCAAAUAAAUACUUGAAUGAUUUUUAUGUUA